GCUGUGAUGGCGUCGCAUUCUUGGAAUGGUCAUGCGUCGGUUGCAUAGCGCUGUGGCGCUCUUGGCGGUAGGGUUGGCGCCCACCGACGGCUUCUCAGGCGACGUCACUGCCUACUCGGACAAGUGGCAGGGCGGUAAUUGCGGAUUCAAUUCUGUCGGGGGGGAUGGACAGUCGUACUUUGCUGCGUUGAACGCACCGCAAUGGGGAAACAAGAUGCAAUGUGGACGCUGUGCGCGCGUCGCGUGCGUGAGUCCGGCGUGUGCAAGUCGUCCGGCCAUCAUCGUCGCGAUCACGGACCAGUGUCCGGAAUGCAAGACAGGGGAUUUGGACUUGUCCAUUCAGAGCUUCAAGGCGCUCACAGGCCACGACCCCGCACGCUACAAAAUCGACUGGCAGUUUGUCGAGUGCCCGGUCGAGUUUGUCAAGGGCAGCCUCGAGUUCGACGUGAAAGAGGGCUCGAAUGCGUUUUGGUGGGCGCUCCAACCGCGGAACUUUGCGCAGCCGAUCCGGUCCGUGGAACUGAAGGCGCAAGGGCGAGACUGGGUGACGUUGGUCGACCCAACGACUAACGGCAUUGACGCGUUCUUCUUUCUUGACCAAGACAAAGGCGGACUACCAGGUGGUCCGUGUCAAAUUCGGACGACGUCCACGUCCGGAGAAGUCCUUGUCGAGUCAUUCGAUCAGUUGCCCACCAGUGGCACCCUCUAUGGCACAAAACAGUUCACGAGAACUUCCACGACGGUGGGCCAGGAGAACCCUAACCCAUCGAGCACCACAAAAUCUCCAAGUUCUUCAAACCCUCCCAGUGCAUCAACUACUAGCACCCCCACUUCCACACGUCGUCCUGACGACUCUAUUGCUACGGCGACACAGCUCACGGCCACAACUACCCUCCCCCCCAUCACCCCCUCUUCGCCCCGUCCUUCUCCAUCAAGCGGCUACGGUGGCGGCCUACCCCACUGCAACCCGUCAACAGUAUCGUACGAACUGAAGCAAGGGCAAGGAGGAUUUGCCCUCCAAGUGUAUAUCACGGAGGCCUCCAACAACGAUUCGUGGACAGUUGACGCCACCGCUUCCGCCGUCACAACCAGCUACAUCACAGGCAUUUACGAGCCGUGGAACUGCGAGUGGUCGCGGACAAACGCAACGUUGCACUUGAAACCGGUGUCGUCCCGUCGUUCGUUUGGCGGCCCCAAUCAUGUGGGGGUGCUGGGGAAUACCACGGACGUCUUGAUCUUGACGUCCAUCACGUUCUCGACGCCGUCGGGGGCGUGCAGCAUCCCAUCCGUGGUGGGAACCAGCCCCAUUGGGUUUGCGGCGGCAGAAAUGUCGGAGGAAGGGCCAAGCGCCGGGGCCAUCGUAGGCGUCUCUGCAGCGACGAUCGGGCUUGUCGCCGCUGUGGUGAUGGUCAUCCGGGUGCGUCGGCAAGCAAAAGCAAACACGCCUGGAUUUGGGGGAAUGUUGACCCCCAUCGACUUUGCCGUGAGCACGCCCGUGGCUGUGCUAUAGCUGCCCUCUGGACACUAUUAGUACACGGUUUUGCUUUUUUAGACACAAGAAUGAUAUAUAACGAGAUCAUCUACAUGUGGA